AUGACCAAGGAAUAUGUUAAUCCUUUGUUUCGUCUUUUAGUUUUCCACAACCGGGAGUCAAAGGACAGGCAUAUCACAGGUAACCUUGUGCUGUUAUCGGCACUGACAUUUGUUGCCUAUGUGUGCUUCACGAACAGAAAACGUCUAUUGGUGAUGUUUAGCCGUCUAGGACAUUCCUCGUCUAGAGUACGCCAACCCCCUUUGAAUGCCGAGAAGAAGAUAUCUUCUACUCCAGGACAAGUGUCAUAUAAAUCAGUGGUACCUCCAAGUCGCCGACAGGCAGCGUCUCCUCUGCUGGAUGCUAGGGCCACUAGCUUAGAAGAGAUAGCCCCUUCAACCACUGAGAUACUCCAGAAGCAUAUACCAGUGGACAGCAAUAUCAAAGAUCUCCAUGGAACUUUCUGUUCCCCCACUGGAUUCUCUAACGACGACAUGAUAUCUCUGGGCCGCUUUCCAGACUACGCCACGCUUAGUGGUGUCCGUUUACCUGAGCCACAGCCAGACCUCAACAUACAUACAGCCAUUGCUCGACCUUAUAGACCUAUCAGGUGGCCAUAUAAUCAGACGAUGGGUGAGUUUGUUCCUACUAUAACUGUACGGCAGCGAACCAUGCAUUCAGCAGAGGCAGGAACUUUACAUGCGUCACGGAUCCGAGCAUGCCUGCCGAGAAUUGAUGGAGAUGGUAUUGUUUGUGCACGAUAUCCCCACUAUUUCCAGCUUCUCAACGAUCAGUCUAUCGUACGGAACGAUAUUAUCGGAACCGAGACCGACCUCCGCCUCAUCCACCCUCUGAAUAUUCUUUUGAAUAACGUUCCUGAAGAUUUCGCUAUUAUGUUGAGGGACCCAGAAACUGGUGCAUAUGUCUUGCGAGCUGGUAUCAUCUGUAGCUCUCUCGGCUGGUCCCUUGGUUUGAAAUUGGGCAAAAAUAUAGACGAGAUUCAUGAGCCAGUUCCAGAUUACGGAGAGAAAUUACAAUUCUCUAUGAAUAGAUUUUUCGCAAAGAUGCCCACGGAUGGGCUCAUCCAACGUGGAUCAUGGGGUAUCGAGAUUGAUCAACCAAUCCACAUCCCCCCUGGGGAUCCAAUCGCCCUUCGCCAUGAAACGCAAGACCCAGAUAUUGCGCUGGACCGAUACCACCUCCGCGUUGACUGGCAAACUCUCCGACGCCUCCCGGUAUCCGCUGCUAUGGUGUUCAGCUUUAGAGUGUUGUUCACUCCGGUGACCCAAUUCCAGAAUGAGCCGUACAUACCUUCCCUCUUUCUAAAGAACUAUAGAGAAGUCAAGCCAAAUUUGUUGAAGCACAAGAAUAUAUGGCAUACUGAGGCCACUAUCCUGCCUGCACUGGAGCUCUGGGAGAGGGAGCAAAAAGAGCAAGGUAUUAUUCCCGAAGAUUGGCAACCUGCGACCUUAGAUAACUACCCUUACUACCCUGGAUGGGAAGAGCGCUGGAAUGCCAAUCAGAGCCUAAAGGAAACGCAGUGA